GCUGUUGUUGCUGUCAGCAUCCAACAAAGAUGGAGAUUAUGUUAAAGGUUUAUCUGCUGGGGCUCACCACUGCAACAAUUUUCCUUGCUCUUCUGACAUAUGUCACUUACCAGCUACUCAGCAGGUACAUACGAAAAUGGAAUGAAAUGAAGCCAAUUCCUGGAGUUGGUGGUGCUUACCCGAUCAUAGGCAAUGCUCUACAGUUUAAAACAAAUGCUGGAGAUUUCUUCAGUCAGAUUAUCGAAGGCACAAAUGAGUUCAGGCAUUUACCUCUGCUGAAGAUCUGGAUAGGGCCAAUACCCUUUAUUGUCCUAUUUCAUGCAGAGAACAUCGAGAUGGUGCUGAACAAUCCUAAACACAUGGACAAAGCCUAUGCCUACAAGUUCCUCAACCCUUGGCUUGGCACAGGCCUGCUGACCAGUACAGGUGACAAAUGGCGUGGGCGGCGGAAGAUGCUGACCCCAACGUUUCACUUCUCCAUACUGUCUGAGUUUCUUGAAGUGAUGAAUGAGCAGGCAGAGAUCUUAACAGAGAAACUGGAGAAGCAGGCGGGCAAAGGGCCAUUUAACUGUUUUAACUUCAUUACACUCUGUGCGCUGGAUAUCAUAUGUGAAACAGCGAUGGGCAAGAAAAUCUAUGCACAGAGUAACUCUGACUCAGAGUAUGUUCGUUGUGUUUACAAGAUGAGUGAUAUCAUAACUCGUAGACAGAGGACACCAUGGUACUGGCCUGACUUUAUCUAUUAUUUCAUUGGGGAGGGAAAAGAACAUGACAGAAGCCUGAAGAUCCUCCAUUCUUUCACUGAAAGUGUAAUCAAAGAGAAGGCAGAAUACAUGAGCAAUGCUGAAUCUGACAGUGAGCCUGAUCAAGGCACAAAAAAGAGAAGGGCCUUCCUGGACAUGCUAUUGAAAACCACAGAUGAGGAUGGAAACCAUCUGAGUCAUAAGGAUAUUCAAGAGGAGGUGGAUACCUUCAUGUUUGAGGGUCAUGACACGACAGCUGCGUCUAUGAACUGGGCCCUUCACUUACUGGGAGCUCACCCAGAGGAACAGAAGAAAGUUCAGCAGGAGCUCCAGGAUGUGUUUGGCUCGUCAGACCGGCCAAUCAACAUGGACGACCUGAGGAGGCUCCGUUACCUGGAGUGUGUCAUCAAGGAGAGCCUCCGCAUCUUCCCCGCCGUUCCCUUAUUCGCGCGCAGUAUCUGCGAGGACUGCCGCAUCAAUGGCUUCAAAGUUCCCAAAGGAGUCAACGCGAUCAUAAUACCGUAUGCGUUGCACCGUGACCCACGAUACUUCCCUGAUCCUGAGGAGUUCCGCCCACAGCGCUUCCUACCAGAAAAUUCCAUUGGAAGACAUCCCUAUGCAUUCAUUCCCUUCUCAGCGGGUCUGAGGAACUGCAUUGGUCAGCGUUUUGCUGUGAUGGAGGAGAAGGUGGUCCUGGCGUCUAUACUGCGUCGCUUCAAAGUUGAAGCCUGUCAGAAGCGAGAGGACCUGCGACCCCUCGGAGAGCUCAUCCUCCGACCAGAGAAGGGCAUCUGGAUCAAGCUGGAAAGGAGAAACCAUUAGCUACAGCUUCUAGGAAGGCCUCUGUUUUGCUUAUAUGUGCCAC